ACGUCAUUUACUGCUUUGCAAAAAACCAACACAACAUUUUAGCCGCCAAAAAAAAAGGGAAAAUAAUAAAAACACAGAAAGACUCGGUCGAAAUGGAGGUUUGAUGGCGUUUAAAAAUGGGACAAAUCUGCGUGGAGCGUGUUUACUGCGUGGAAAGAGGCGGGGCAUGUGUUGAAGGGUGAAAAGAGAAAUAUGAGGCUUUAGCAGCAGCUAGCCGGGAGCUAACGCUAACGGAGGCAGCGCGCGCGGAGCAGGGGGGCUUUAUAUAUAUGAGGCGAGGGAGGAGCGGGGAGGCGGGGAGGGAGAGGGCAGCAGGCCCCGUUCAUCUCCUAACCCGGGAUAAAAGAUGGACGCUUAGAGGGAAGAGGAGUGGCAUGGAGAGCCUGUCCAUGCCUGUAAGGGCAGACACUCGAAGGAGGAGAAGACCUCUUAUAACAGUGGAGAAAGUGGCCGGCAUGUUUUACUGAAACAUGGGAGUGGACUUUUGUAUGGCUUGGCCUUGAGUGGAUUAAAAACAUAAUAACUGAAGCACUGACUGUAACAAAUGCAACACAUGGCACUUGAAGGAGCUCAUACAUAUCUGGGAUGAGCAUAAACACAAACAUGUAACAAAGCAAGACGCAAUUUCUCUCUGAAAGAGGACAACCUGAGGCACUUACUGUGCUCCUCUGAACAUGUGAAAAUAAAAGGUCACUCGAUAUUUUCACGGCUUCUUAUUGACAUUAUAUGAAAGCCCAGUUGUAAGACUGAUGGUAAAGAGGAGCUGACCAAUGUGCAAUAUAAGGAAUAUAUUGUUUGAGAAGGAAACACACUAUAAAGCACUGAAAACACACGAUAAUCAACUUUGUCUGAAUGGAAAAGCCACAACUGGCAAUAAAGUGAGGACUGAUAAUGAAUUGAUAAUGGUUAUAUUCUGCAGUAGGUCAGCUAAAAGCAGGCCAUUGUCUAUAGAAAGAUUUUUGUGCUAAAGGAUAAACUUCUUGUCGCAUCUCAUCUGGCGGUCUCACAGAAGUUGUUGCUGCUCUUUGAGCAGAAGGUGUUGCCACAGCACACCCAUGUUUUAGUGACUGGGAAAUGUUCCAGUUUGGAAAAUACAAUGUGGACAUCAUAGAGAUGCUAAGUGGACACCAAGCCCAUCAGUUCAAAGGUCUUGGAUUAGAGCGACAACUACAACACCAGCAGCAAGUGCAGCUUCACCAGCACCAGUUGCAGCAACAGCAGCAGCAAGUAGAAACAUCUGGGGCUAUUCUGUCUGGUCUUGGUUUGGGCCCGCUCCAAGGACCAAGAAGCAGUGCCUUUUCUGAUUCUGCAUCUAUUUUCACAAAAAUGAGCGCACCUCCCCCACCCCUGCAGCAGCAGUCAUUGUCUUCAUCCUCUCAGAGUUCGAGGAAAUCCAGCAAAAUGUCUGGGAGCAGUAGCAGUGGGGGAAGCCACGUGAGCGGGUAUCCUCAGUUUCUGCGCUCAUUUCAUCCGGCCGAGGCAGCCCUCGCGCAAGACCAUCUGCAUCCAGGAGUCGGACGAUUUGACCAGUUUGCAGGCAGUAGUGGAAGUGGAGGAAGUGCCGGCGGAAUAGGAGGACUUGUAUCGUCUGUCCCGCCACCACCACCUCCCCCAUUACAUCCUGGCCUCUCCGUCCCUCAGGCGUCCCCAGGGCCAUCCUCUUCUUCUCCAUCUCCUUCAAGUUCUGUUUCUAGCUCCAACAACCCCCCCAGCAGUAGUACAGUAACCUCUCUGGGUCACCAGUUGGCAGGAGCUCAGUCUGAUGCAAGGAGCUUGCAUCAGCAGUUUAGCUGCAUGCUAGCAGCUAAUCAGUAUUUUCUUUCUGGAGUGCCGGCCAAUUCCAGCUUAGAGCAGUUCUUGGUCCAGCAAGGCGGUCACAACCAUCUUGGCUUAGGUUUGGGACAAACUGGAGGAGAGUCGAGUUCCGGCCUUGCUCCGCCCCCGGCUCUCCACUCCUCUCACCCGCACAGUCACCCGACCACCCUGCCACAGCCACAACAGCCACCGCCACAACAGCAGCAGCUGCCCCCUCACACUUUGUCACACCCACAUCCACAUCCCCAUCACCCCCUCCAUUCCUCCUCUCAGGCAUCUUCAUUAGGUGGUUUUGACUUUCAAGGAAUCCCCGUCCUCUCCUCAAACCAGCUAGCAUCCCUCAUGCAACAAGAAGCUGGUUUGCCACUUCCUCUGCCUCUGCAUCUCUCUCUUUCUAAAGAUGAAGGGAAAGGAGACAGUGGAUCAGGAGGUGGAAGUGGAGGAGGCAGGAGAAAGAAAGCUAUGGCUGGCUACUUGCCUCAGCGAAAGGCUGAUGGCAGUGGAAACAACAGCAGUAACAAUCACGGCUCUGCAAAUCCAAACCCCAACAGCAGUAGCGCUUCAGGGGGUCUAAACCAAGAUGGCGGAGGCAUGUCAGGUAUUGGUGGAGAUCCUCCUUCCCAUCUGACUCCUUCAUCUUCCUCUUCAGUUGUGUCAUCCUCAUCCUCUUCUGCUCCCUCUUCUACGUCAGCUUCAGUCUUGGUGACAAACAGUUCCAAAGGUGACGGUCACGGUUCCAUGCACCCUCCUUCAUCUCAGCCUGAAGCAGAGGCACUUUACCAUUGCGGAGAGUGCGGCAAAAGUUUUACGCACUUAUCCAGCCUGCGCAGGCACUUGCGGAGUCAUGAGCUGACCACUGCAGGCACGUCGGGCACGAGAAGCAACGUAAUCAAUCCUAUCUUGCACCCUGCAGACCCAUGUAUUCCCCACUCAACCCAAGAAUCGGCUUCCUCCUCAUGUCCCAGCCCGGACAAGACUUUCCACUGCCAGGAUUGUGGUAAAGGUUUUAAGAAAAAAGGACACCUGCUUCAACACGGCGUCAUUCACUCUGGUGCACGGCCAUAUGCCUGCAGUACUUGCAGCCGGGCAUUCAAUCGGCGCGAAUCUCUCACCCGCCAUGAAAAGAUACACGAGGAGAAGCCUUUCCGAUGCCCGGCUUGUGGGCGCUGCUUUCGUGAGAGCACCUCAUUGCUGAACCAUGCAGCCUCGGGCACCUGUGGCAAGUCAGGGAGAGGGCCAAGACAGAAGAAUGACAGCAGUAACCCUGUUGGUGGCAAGAGCAAUAAGACAGGGGCUUCCAGUGAUGGAAUGGUAACUAGUGCGGUGGGAUCUUACCGGAGUGAUGCUUACAGCGAUAACUACAAAGACCAGCGCCCUCAAAGCAACCUAUACUCCGGAGCAUCCUCAUGUGGUGGAGGCUUAGGUGGUCCGGCACUUAGAAAAGCACCUUUAGCUCCCACUUUGCACCCACACCCACAAAGCCAACAGCAUCACCAUCCUCAGCAGCAUUUACCCCUCUCUUCACUGCUUGAGGAUUCUGAAGACGACGUCACAAGCUCUGUCAAUAAUGCUAUAUCCGCCAUCACUGCUGCAGCAGCAAAUUGCAUGGGUGGUGAUAUCAACACUGGUGGAGGCCGAGGAGACGACAGAAGGGAUAUCAUUGGAGGAUUACUUGGAGGUCUCGGUCUGGGCUCUCUUUCAUCACCUGGGGGUCCAUCAUCAACAUCCGGUAUGGACAAAUCUUAUAGGGGUGGUCCGAACCAGGAUGCCAUGGCUCCUAACCAACAGUCAAACCACCAGACACCAGGGGGAAAACCUAAGCGUCCUCGGAAACCAAGAAAAAAGAAAGAACCUGGUCCACCAGGUACAGAGCCUCCAAAAAGAAGACCACCCACUCACAGACCUGUGGGUGUCCUUGGGGAAGUUAGGCCAUAUUUAUGCAGCAUCUGUGGCCGUGGAUUUGCACGAAGAGAGACCCUGCGGAGGCAUGACCGUAUACACACUGGAGAGAAGCCUCACCACUGUACAGUGUGCGGCAAAUAUUUCAGAGAGGCAUUUCACCUUAGCAAACACCAUACUGUGCAUUCUGGAGAGAAGAACUACAAAUGUGUUCUUUGUGGGAAGGACUUUGGAUAUGCCCAAAGCCUAAAAAGACAUGGGAAGCUGCAUCAGAAGGGAGAACUGGAAGAAGUGCCAACAACACCUGGAGGAGACAACCUUAACAGUUAUCCUUCAGCUAGUGGGAGCAUGAUCCCAGGGGGUCCAGGCAAUUCUUCGUCGUUCUACUCAUACCCACAAGACAUCAAGCCCCAAGGAGGGAAUCCUCAGCCCCCUCCCAGGCUGUACACAUGUGCUAUAUGUUGGAAAUCCUUCCGCCAUCACUUCCACCUUACAGCGCAUCAUCAGACGGUGCAUGAGGGAGGUGGUGACAAGCUGUUUUCUUGCGAAGUGUGCGGGAAGGCCUUUGCAUACUCCAACAGCCUUACGAGACACAGACUGUCUCAGCAUGGCCUGACGCGUAAUGGUCAAGGUACACCUCAAGGGGGCAGUAGUGUACCAGGAGAAGACAGCAACGUUGCUGGUUCAAUAUCUGAGAGUGAGGCUGCAACAAAUGCUUUGCUCCAGCUUGCACCCAGCAGCGGAAGCCAGGGAGAUCCUCCACCUCACAGCGGAGUUCUUCACAGUCACCAGCAGCCUCCACCCCAACCGCAAGCCGGGUAUUCGCCUCUGUUCUACGUACCUGAAGCAGGUACGUCCCUACCCUCAUCCUCCAACACCACCCCUUACUCUCAGCCUCUGCCUUCAAGUUCCACCAUUUCCUCCCUCACCCAUCAGCAUGGUGGGGUGAAAGGAGAGCCAAUAUAUCAGCCUGGCCAAAGACACACGCUCAACCCAAACUUGCCUGUUCACCCACUUGUGUUGCCUCUGCCAGAGCACCACUCCCAGCACCACUCCCAUCCCCAACAGCAUCCAGAUGAUGUCCAGCCACACCACCACCACCACCACCACCACAGCUUUCCCAGCGAGGAAGAGCUGCGUCGUCGCAAGAAAAAAAAAAAAAGACGGAUCGGGAGAGAGAAGAUAGGCUACGAAUGGAGCCGGACCGCAAAAAUGGACGGGGACCAGGGGGAUCUCUCGGCUGGGGAAAGGAAGCGAAAUGAAAGGAGAAGACUUCAGAAAAGAAGGAGAAAAGCGAUUCGCAGGAGGCAGCGCAAAUUCCGGAGAAAGAUGGCCAUGCUCCUGAGGGUCAGGCGAGGUGGUGGAAGUGGUAGGGUUGUAUAUGAACUGGGUCCUCCAGAAGGACUUGAACUGUAUAGAUUGUUCUCUUGGCAAGUCCCUCUCAAACGGUUUCCUUGCCCCUUCUGUUUUCUCACCACAUUUUCACGACGAGCAGCACUCAUGGUCCACAUAGCGGCUAGACACUGUCCCAAAGUUAGUUACCGAGUGGAUCGAUUGAGAUGUCUUGUCUGCGGGAAGCAAUCUCGCAGGUUCCUCUCAGCCCUUAUCCACCGGAGCUCUCAUUUGUCCAACAGGGCAUUCUCCUGUAGACGCUGCCCCUCGCGUUUCUGGAACGCAGCUCUCCUCACGAGACAUAAGAGAACUUGUCGGGGAAAACUGGCGGAACUGAGACAAGGGAGAACCCUUUGUUUUAAAUUGACAACGGGGAAAUUUUUCAAGAGGGUAGAGGGUAAAGGGAACAUCUCAACCCUGCAAAUACAAUACAGUCACUGAGUGCCCUUCAGUUAUUAAGACUUUGGUAUGUCAUUGAAGAAGAGGGAUAAUUGAGUUUUGCAUGGAAGAAUACUGUAGAGAUUAACUGACUUGGUAUCUGACCCCUCAGUAACUUUUCAGUGCUUUUAGAGUUUAUUCUUUUCUGUCUCUCUCUCGCUCUCUUUCUCUCUCUAAUCAUCACCAUAAGUUACUCUCACAAAUCAAAAAACUUCCAAAUCAAACUUUCUCACACAAACACACUGCAGACAUCUUUUAUAAAGGUAUCAACUUCCCUCUCUGAUCCACCCCUCCUAAUCCUCUAAAGGAUGCUAUACCCUUGUGCGCGUUAAAGAAAACCUUGGCUCCUUGGCUGACAUUAGGUGAAUCUAUAGUAACGUUACUAAUACAGUACUUUCCCCUAACAGUAAUGCUUACUGUAACUCAACAAACGCUCUCUGUAGAAUUAUUCUGUCUCUGGUAUGUAUAACGUGUAGUCGAUGUUCACUUAGAGCAAGUGUGGGGAUGUAAAGCUCUUCAGUGUGUAAAAAAGAAAAAACGAAACUUAAAAAAAAAAAAAAGCAUUAGUAGCAUAAGGAGAAAAGAAAGAUUCCUCUAAGGAAGAUCAGUGUUUUGUUUAAACCUGUGCAUGUUGAACACUGGUCUCAAUGUGUUGGGUGAGUGUUAAGAUUGUGGACCUUUGAUCAAAAGGUUACGCAGUCGAUAAGAAGUGUGCAAAAAGAAAUUAAAAAAAGGAAACCCAAAAUAAGCUUUACUUUCGUAUCUCCAUCUUCAUGCUAGCCAUCGGCGACAAAGAUCUAAUAAGAUGGAAACUGGCAUGAAGAAGGAAGGACCAGCACUUAAAUUUAAAAAAGGCUUUUUCUAGAUAAUCAGUAAUAAGGACUAUGUCCAGCCCUGCUCCUGGAGAGCUAGCUGUGUGCAGUUUAUUACCAGUCCACCUACACUAACAUCUAGUCACCUACAAUUGGCCAGUUUACCAGAAACUCUUCAAGAAUCACCUUAUUUCAUUAGAUGUUGCAGGUUUAUAUCCAACGUUAUGGACUGUAGUCCAUUUGGUUUGUGUUUAUCAGGCACAGCAGCAUAACUCAAGCAAUGUUCACCAACCCUCACCCUUCUGACGAUUGACUUUCCUACAAAUUUGAAUCCAAAUCUAAUCUCAAAUCAGUGUUGAUCAUGGUUGAAUCUAAGACGAAGACAAAGGUGUCAAACCUGCCCACGACUGGCUCGGUCUGGCUGCGGGUUCUUUAUUCCAGAAAAACAGAAGCGCAUGUGAUUGUCUGUUUGAAAACAAGUGGAAUGAAGGAGCUUAAACGCUGACAUAAGUAUUGAAUCUGCACUUUGUAUUAAAUUCGUUUGAAUUAAACAUGGAAUAUUUAAUGGGGUAAUUCAUAAAUGUGAAUUUUAACAAUGUUUUCUCUCUUUUGAAGGGGUGAAAAAUAAAUUAAUUAAAUAAAUAAACUAAAGAUUACGAUUACUGCCCAGAUAUACCAAACUUCGUUUCAGGAGGGGAGGGUUUUAAAUGAUCAUUUUUUUUGGUAGGUGACUAAUCUGCCUAAUCUGACUCGAAACCUGCACUAAGGUCGAUGUCCAGGACCAUGGCUGGUGUCCCUGAAUGGCUAGUGGAUGGCAUAUGCCAGCAGAUGGCCUAUAGCCUCUAUCUAAGUCUUAACACCAGCUCGAUGGCCCUACAGUGCAGAUGUUUCUGAUAAAGUGGCCAGUUAGAGUUUAUCAUGUGAAUGAAGGUUGGAACUAAACUCUCCGUAGGGUAGCUCUCCAGCAUCAGUUUUGGGCUUGCCUAAGUUACAGUAGAAUUCCAGGAUUGAAUUUCAGUGGAACGAGGCGGAACCCUCUUCAUAUUGAUAUCUACCCUGUUAGCACAGUGAUAAUUUUAUAUAUAGAGUCUAAGUUAGAGAUAGAACGGAACAAGUGUACUGUAAUGUAAAUUGUGUCAAUAUUUUAUUAUUGUUAUGAUUUUUUUAAAAACAAAGGUCAACUAUGUUUCUAUCAUAGCUACAUCGCAGGUCGUAGGGAAAGCUAGUGGAAGUUAUCACUUUAGAUCAGAUCUUGAUUAAUGUAUUAAUGUGUCUGACACGGUCUGUCCACUUGCCAACUAUGAACAUAUCCCUUAUAUCUUUCUCACCUUUUUUCUUAUGUAGAGAUGUCAUACUACUCAUAGCUCAUCUCUCUUUUGUUUCUUUCUUGAAAAUACGUAAAGUAAUAAGUAUGUUUCUAUCACUUUAUUUACCUAUGAUAAACUGGUUGUUGAUGAUAUCCAAGCAUUUAAUAAAAUUUUAAAACCA